GCAACCCCAGAGAUGGCUUGGUCUUCCUGUCUUCUUCUAUGGCUGAGUUUGUUGCUGUCGUACUACGUCCCUCUCAGCUUCGCCCGCGCGUAUUGGCCUGUGGGAGCUUCCACCAGCUUCUACCACUUCAAGGUUCAAACCCUAAGAGUUACCAAGCUGUGUAAGACGAAUGACAUCGUCACCGUCAACGGCAAGUUUCCAGGACCGGUGAUUUAUGCGCAGGAAGACGACCGGGUCAUCGUCAGGGUCACCAACCAGACCCCUCACAACAUCACCAUUCACUGGCAUGGAGUGAGGCAGAGGCUGUCGUGCUGGGCGGACGGGCCGUCGUACAUCACGCAGUGCCCCAUCCAGGCCGGCCGAAGCUACACCUACGAGUUCACCUUGGUGCAGCAGAAGGGCACGCUCCUGUGGCACGCCCACGUCUCAUGGCUCCGCGCCACCGUCCACGGAGCCAUCGUCGUCUACCCCAAGACCGGCGUCCCCUAUCCCUUCCCCCACCCCUACGAGGAGCACAGCUUGGUCUUCGCGGAGUACUGGCACAAGGACGUGCUGCAGCUCGAGGAGGAUGUCAUGUCGAGCGGCGGCGGAGCUCCGCCGGCGGAUGCGUACCUCAUCAAUGGCAGCCCCGGGCCGCUCUACAACUGCUCGGCCACUGGUAAAACUCCUCUGAGCUGGCGUCUAACUGAAGAUAACAACUUGAUCGGGUUCCACCUCUCUGCAGACGUCUACGAGAUCCCCGUGGUUCCCGGUAAGACCUACCUGCUGCGGCUGGUAAGCGCGUCCCUCAACACGGAGCACUUCUUCGCCAUCGCCGACCACCGGAUGACCAUCGUCGAGGCCGACGGCGAGUACACUAAGCCUCUCACGGUCGAAAGCCUCAUGAUAGCGCCGGGGCAGACCAUCAACGUCCUCGUACAGGCGGACCAGCCCAUCGACACCUACGACAUGGCCCUGGCACCCUUCAUGUCCGCCCAUAACGUCCCCUUCCAGAACACCCCCGCCGUCGCGCACUUCCGCUACUCCGGAGCCGGCCCCGCAGCCCCGAGUCGCCCGGCCGAGUUCCCGGCCUUCAACGACAGCCUCACCGUCGACUUCGCACUGAACAACCUGCGAAGCCUGAACGACACCGGCGUUCCCCUCGUCGUCGACGCCAACCUGCUCUUCACCAUCGGGUUGACCGUGGAGCAGUGCCACUCGUCCCACCCGAACGCGAGCUGCCAGGGGCCCAACGGCGGCGUCUUAGCUGCGGUCAUGAACAACAUCGCCUUCGUCGAGCCGAUGGUUUCGCUGCUGCAAGCCUACUACGACAACAUGAACGGCUACUACACCGAGGACUUCCCCGGAGUGCCACUGAAGAACUACGACUUCGUCGAUGGCGCGCCCAACGACACCCAGUCGUUGAACGGGACGAGGGUGAAGGUGCUGGAGUUCGGGAGCAGGGUGCAGCUGGUGUUGCAGAACACAGGGACCGUGGGCACCGAGAACCACCCCGUCCAUCUGCAUGGCCACAGCUUCCACGUCGUCGGCCACGGGACCGGCAACUACAACCCGAUGACGGCGAAGCUCAACCUGGUCGAUCCGCCAUACAUGAACACAAUCGGCGUCCCCGCCGGAGGAUGGGCCGCGAUCCGGUUCGUCGCCGACAAUCCAGGUGUUUGGUUCGUGCAUUGCCACCUCGAGGUGCACGCGAGCUGGGGGCUGGCCAUGGCGUUCGUCGUGAAGGACGGAAAUGGUACCAUGGAGUCGCUUCCUCAUCCCCCAGCGGAUCUGCCAAGGUGCUGAGCCACGAAUUCGACAGAUGUAAAGAUGUUGCACAUGUUGGCAUAAAUUUAUUUGCAGAAAUAGCUGUUCUGCAUGUUAGUGAAGAAUACUUAUUGGACAUGUACUGAUAAGAGGGAAACAGAGGUAAGAUAGAAACCGCACCGGUAA